AGGGGCUUUCCCGGCUGGGGCCCCGGUGGCUGGAGAGGCGUCGCGACCCGUCUGAGGCGGGUUGGACCUGGACAGAACCCGGAACCAGAGCCGCCGACACGGCGGGCGCCUGAAACUCUGGGAAGCAGAACCCGGCCGGAGCCACCACGCUGAGCCGGGCCUAGCCCAGAGACAUGGAGAGUUGCUACGACCCAGGCCUGGAUGGCAUCAUCGAAUACGAAGGGUUCAAAUUUGACCCCUCCAUUGUGGAACCCAAGGAGCCAGCCCCGGAGACAGAUGACGGCCCCUACCUGGUGAUUGUGGAACAGCCAAAGCAGCGAGGAUUCAGAUUUCGAUAUGGCUGUGAAGGCCCCUCCCACGGAGGGCUGCCCGGUGCCUCCAGUGAGAAGGGCCGGAAGACCUACCCCACUGUCAAGAUCUGUAACUACGAGGGACCGGCCAAGAUUGAAGUGGACCUGGUGACACACAGCGACCCGCCUCGUGCUCAUGCCCACAGCCUGGUGGGCAAGCAGUGCUCGGAUCUGGGGAUCUGCGCCGUGUCCGUGGGGCCCAAGGACAUGACUGCCCAGUUUAACAACCUGGGUGUCCUACACGUGACCAAGAAGAACAUGAUGGAGAUUAUGAUACAAAAGCUUCAGAGGCAGCGGCUCCUGUCCAGGCCCCAGGGCCUUACAGAGGCUGAGAGGCGAGAGCUGGAGCAGGAGGCCAAGGAGCUGAAGAAGGUGAUGGACCUGAGCAUUGUCCGGCUGCGCUUCUCGGCCUUCCUUCGGGCCAGCGACGGCUCCUUCUCGCUGCCCCUGAAACCCGUUAUCUCCCAGCCCAUCCACGACAGCAAGUCUCCUGGGGCUUCAAACUUGAAGAUUUCUCGAAUGGACAAGACAGCAGGCUCUGUGCGGGGUGGAGAUGAAGUGUACCUGCUGUGUGACAAGGUGCAGAAAGAUGACAUCGAGGUUCGCUUUUAUGAGGAUGAUGAGAAUGGAUGGCAGGCCUUUGGGGACUUCUCUCCCACAGAUGUUCACAAACAGUACGCCAUUGUGUUCAGGACACCCCCCUAUCACAAGAUGAAGAUCGAGCGGCCGGUGACCGUGUUCCUGCAGCUGAAGCGCAAGCGCGGAGGAGACGUCUCCGACUCCAAGCAGUUCACCUACUACCCGCUGGUGGAAGACAAGGAGGAGGUGCAGCGCAAGCGGAGAAAGGCCUUGCCCACCUUCUCCCAGCCCUUCGGCGGUGGCUCCCACAUGGGCGGAGGCUCAGGGGGCUCCGCUGGGGGCUAUGGAGGAGCAGGAGGAGGAGGGAGCAGCCUCGGCUUUUUCCCCUCCUCCUUGGCCUACAGCCCCUACCAGUCGGGCGCAGCCCCAAUGGGCUGCUACCCAGGAGGCGGGGGCGGGGCGCAGAUGGCCGCCUCGGCGCCUGGCGUGGAUGCCGGGGAGCAAGCCACGGAAGCCGGGGAGCAAGCCGCGCAGCCCAGGGAAGCACAGGCCCCCGAGAUGCUGCAGCGAGCGCGGGAGUACAACGCACGCCUGUUCGGCCUGGCGCAGCGCAGCGCGAGAGCCUUGCUGGACUACGGCAUCACAGCGGACGCACGCUCGCUGCUGGCGGGGCAGCGCCACCUGCUGACGGCGCAGGACGAGAAUGGAGACACGCCGCUACACCUGGCUAUCAUCCACGGGCAGACCAGUGUCAUUGAACAAAUCGCCCAUGUCAUCUACCAUGCCCAACACCUUGGUGUCGUCAACCUCACCAACCACCUACACCAGACACCCCUGCACCUGGCAGUGAUCACUGGGCAGACCAGGGUGGUGAGCUUCCUGCUGCAGGUGGGUGCAGACCCAGCACUCCUGGAUCGGCAUGGAGACUCGGCUGUGCACCUGGCACUGCGGGCAGGUGCUGGAGCCCCUGACCUGCUCCGUGCGCUGCUGUGCAGUGGAGCUCCUGCUGUGUCCCAACUGUUACACAUGCCUGACUUCGAGGGACUGUACCCAGUACACCUGGCGGUCCAUGCCCGAAGCCCCAAGUGCCUGGAUCUGCUGGUGGACAGUGGGGCUGAAGUGGAGGCAGCAGAGCGGCAGGGGGGCCGAACAGCCUUGCACCUGGCCACCGAGCUGGAAGAGUUGGGGUUGGUCACCCACCUGGUCACCAAGCUCCAUGCCAACGUGAAUGCCCGCACCUUCGCGGGAAACACGCCGCUACACCUUGCAGCUGGACUGGGGUCCCCAACCCUCACCCGCCUUCUCCUAAAGGCUGGUGCUGACAUCCAUGCGGAGAACGAGGAGCCCCUCUGCCCACUGCCCUCGCCGCCCACCUCCGGGAGUGACUCCGACUCCGAGGGGCCCGAGAGGGACACCCGAAGCAGCUUCCGGGGCCACACACCUCUUGACCUCACUCGCAGCACUAAGGUGAAGACCUUGCUGCUUAAUGCUGCUCAGAGCGCCGUGGAGCCGCCCCUGACCCCGCCCAGCCCUGCAGGGCCAGGGCUGUCCCUUGGGGAUACAGCUCUACAGAACCUGGAGCAGCUGCUGGACAGGCCCGAAGCCCAGGGCAGCUGGGCCGAGCUGGCGGAGCGGCUGGGGCUGCGCAGCCUGGUGGACACCUACAGGAAGACUGCAUCCCCCAGCGGCAGCCUCCUGCGCAGUUACAAGCUGGCUGGUGGGGACUUGGCGGGUCUGCUGGAGGCCCUGUCUGACAUGGGUCUGGAGGAAGGAGUGAGGCUGCUAAGGGGUCCCGAGACCCGGGACAAACUGCCCAGCACAGAGGUGAAGGAAGACAGUGCAUACGGGAGCCAGUCUGUGGAGCAGGAGGCCGAGAAGCUGGGCCUGCCCCCUGAGCCACCGGGAGGUCUCUGCCAUGGGCACCCCCAGCCUCAGGUGCACUGAACUGCCACCCUCCCACCAGACCCCGGCCCCUCUGUACAGUGCCCCACCUGUGCCAAAUCUUAUUUAACACUCCGUGCCUACCCCUCAGGGCAAAUAAAGGAUUCUCAUGGGAAGGGGAGGGCCCCCUUCCCAACUCA